GGCUGAUUAUGGAGAGCGGAGGUCCACCGGCCACAUGGCAUGGGCUGCCGCUGCUGCUGCUACUGCUGCUGCUGCCUCCCAGCCCUGAAGGACGAGCCGUGAGACAUACUCUCCCCAGACAGAGGACUCAGGACCGGCCUGCUCUGCACCUCAGCAAUGGCCCUGGACAAGAACUUGUAACCAUCAUGACCUUUAACCUCACCAAGAUCAUAAAAACCUCCUCCUCCUUUGAGUUUCGGACCUGGGAUCCAGAGGGAGUGAUUUUUUAUGGUGAUACCAAUCCAGAGGAUGACUGGUUUGUGCUGGGACUUCGGGAUGGCAGCCCUGAGAUCCAGCUUCAUAAUCACUGCCAACUUACAGUGGGUGCUGGACCCCGGCUGGACGAUGGGAGGUGGCACCAGGUGGAAGUGAAGAUCCAUGCAGAUUCUGUGAUGCUAGGGCUGGAUGGGGAGGAGGUGCUGCAUCUGAGACAGGUCUCUGGGCCACUGGCGCACAAACCCCAGCCCAUCGUGAGGAUUGUUCUGGGGGUGCUGCUCUUCCCUGCCUCCAAACUCUGGUUGUGGCCGGUCCCUGCCUUGGAUGGCUGCCUGCGCCGGGAAGACUGGCUGGACCAGCAGGCCCAGACCUCAGCAUCUGUCCCCACUAGUCUCAGAAGCUGUGCUGUAGAGUCUCAACCUGGGAUAUUCUUCCCGCCAGGGACUGGUGCAGAAUUCAGUCUCGAAGACAUUCCCUGGCCUCAUGUAGAGCCCUGGGCCUUCUCCUUGGACCUGGGACUCCAGCUAGCAGCAGGCUCAGGCCACCUCCUUGCCCUUGGGACCCCAGAAAACCCUUUCUGGCUCAGCCUCCACCUCCAAGAUCAAAAAGUGGUGCUGUCUUCUGUGUCAGGGCCAGGGCUGGAUCUGCCCCUCAUCUUGGGGAUCACUCUUCAGCUGAAGCUGACUGUGUCCAGGGUGGUUUUGAGCCAGGGGACAAAGAAGGAGAUCCUUGCUCUGCCUCCCAUGGGCCCUGCCCCCCUCCUCAACCUCUGGGCCCAAACACAGGGGCGUCUCUUCCUGGGGGCUUUGCCAGGAGAGGCCUCUUCUGCAUCCUUUUGCUUGGAUGGCCUUUGGGCACAAGGCCAGAGGCUGGACAUGGACCGGGCCCUGAGCAGAAGCCAGGACAUCUGGACUCACAGCUGCCCCCAGAGCCCAGGCAAUGGCACCGACACUACCAUUACAUCCCCACCUAAGAACCUCCUUUGA